UGAGGGUACACAUGUAAUCUAGUACCAAAAAAUGGUGUUCAGUUGUUGAAGAGGAGGAACAGAUCGUUACCUAUGACUACGACUUUCUCAUCAAUGCAAACACCCAAAUAAAAAAAUUGAGUUUUGAUGUUAUCAUCGUGUUCAAUUAUUAAAGGGUUGUCUUGUUUUUGUUGAAUCAUUUCUUAAUGGACAUUGAAUCUCCUUCGGGUUCUGCUGAAAGAUUCAAGCUUUAUGAUGAGCUUGAAUUACAAGAGUUUCAAGACAAGUUUGUGAUCAAAUCCCAUGAAUCUCCCAAUCAAGGCUUUUGGAUUAGCCGUGUUGAUGGAAACAUCAAUCCAAUUGAUGAUGACACAAUCUCAGAAACUCCAUCAAUGACAUCUACGAUUUAUGGUGUGGUGGGAACAAUAAGAUUGGUUGUAGGAACUUAUGCCAUCGUAAUUACUUCUCGGAAGGAAGUUGGAAGUUUCCUUGGUUUUCCGGUAUAUCGCUUGACAUCUAUGAGAGUACUUGCAUGUAAUGAGGCUUUGAGGUUUUCAACUUCUCAAGAAAAAAAGGACGAGGCGUAUUUCUUGACAUUGUUGAAAAUAGUGGAGUCAAUGCCAGGCUUAUACUAUUCUUAUGAAAUUGAUAUUACAUUAAACUUGCAGAGAAGAAGCAAGUUAGUAGAAGGGUGGAUGAGUAAGCCACUAUGGAAGCAGGCUGACCCGCGAUACGUCUGGAACAAACAUCUUAUGGAGGAGCUUAUUGAGUUUAAGCUUGACAGAUUCAUCUUGCCUCUCGUACAAGGGAGCUUCCAAACAGAUGAGCUGAAGCUAAAAGACUCGUGUGCUAAACUCACAUUAAUUUCAAGGAGAUGUACACGGCGUCUAGGAACAAGAAUGUGGAGAAGAGGAGCCAACUUUGAAGGUGACACUGCCAAUUUCAUUGAAACUGAACAGUUGCUUGAAAUUGAAGACUUCAGGUUCUCAUUUUUGCAGGUUAGAGGUUCAAUUCCACUUUUGUGGGAGCAGAUUGUUGAUCUAAGCUACAAACCAAGCCUUAGAGUUAUUAGUCAUGAGCAAACACCAAUUAUUGUGGAGCGUCAUUUCCAUGAUCUCUCACAAAGAUAUGGAGAGAUAUUAGCAGUUGAUUUAACUGACAAACACGGUGUAGAAGGUCAACUAAGUGCAGCAUAUGCUGCCGAAAUGCAAAAUCAGCAAAGUGUGAGAUAUGUGCCGUUUGAUUUCCAUCUCCACUGCGGGAGCUCAAAUUUUGAUAAUUUGAAAAUCCUCUACGAUCAAAUUUCAGAGGAUUUUGAAAAACAAAGAUACUUCUUGAUAGAUAGUAAAGGAGAUAUACUAGAGGAGCAGAAAGGAAUUAUCAGAUCAAACUGCAUCGAUUCCCUUGAUCGAACAAAUGUUACUCAGUGUUAUAUGGCGCAGAAGUCAAUAAAUCUUCAACUGCAUAGGAUUGGAGUACUUACAGACUCUGAGUGCAUUUCAAUGUUUGAAGAGGAAUACGGAAAAUUUAGAAUAUUGUGGGCAGAGCAAGGUGAUGAGAUAAGCCUCGAGUAUGCUGGGACUAAUGCUCUUAAAGGGGACUUAGUUAGGUAUGAAUUUUUUGGUAAUGAAUCUUGUGUUUGUAUGUUUCCUUAUUUUGAUACUGGUAAAUUUUUGUAUUUAUGGUGUAGAUAUGGAAAGAAAACACUAGCUGGAUUAAUUAAAGAUGGAAUCAGUGCACUUUCGCGCUAUUAUUUGAAUAACUUCCACGAUGGGAUUCGGCAGGAUGCGCUGGAUUUGAUAAGCGGUCACUAUACCGUCAGUAGAAACAUUCCUUCUCCCUUCCAGCGGAAUAGCUUUGAACCUUUAUCUAAAACUGUAAACAUGCAGUACCUCCCUGUAGCAUCAGCUUUGAUAAUUGGUGGUUUGACAGCAACCACUUUCACUCUUCAGCAAGCUGGUCGAAAUGCACAGCAUUGUGUAUCUUCUGUGCUAUGUGCUGGAAUAACUGCUGGAGUCAUGGCCAUUGUCAAAGCUAAUGGAAGACAAUUCUGUUCAAGGCCUCGUUUGUGUGGUCUCUUGUGAUGCAAGAAACAAUGAUAUUUCACUACUCCUUUCGAACAAAACUUCAAAAAUAAAAAAACUUGUGUGUUCUCAUUCUAGAGAUUGUAAAUAUGAUGCUUUAUGUUGAUAAUCUGUUAGUGCAUGCAGACACUCAGUUGUCAAUUGGAUUGUCCAGCUGUUGGUGAGAAUCAAUAACAAAAGGAUAGAAAAGUAGUAUUUAAAUUUGUAUCAUUGAUGAAAAUUUUGUUUUUCAAGUUAAUUUAUACCAUUGUAAUGAUCAAAUGGUAUGAGUGAGGCAUGAAUGGAUUAAAAUGUCCACAUUUUUUUAUUUAAUUAAGUGUGAAGCAAUUUUGUAUGCUAAA